UUUUUUUGUUUGUUUGCUCAUUCACACACUCAUUGCAUUCACCUUCUAGGUUGAAAGCAAUUCCAUCCUUUCAUUUCACUUUCUUCACCUUUCCGUUCCCUUUCACGGCCAUACUCCCUCCUGGGUAUAAUGCCAUCCUCUUGAAUCAGUUCUAGUUCCUCACAUCCUCAACUAUAGCUUUUCAUAUUACUUUCAAAGUCAUCCAUUUUUACUCAUCCUACAGGAAUAUUGCCCACAACGUUCUCCUCAUAUCCAACACCUUGAAUAACCACAACUUCGACAAAAUAAACUAUCAACCCUCGCUGUAUUCUUCUCUUUUUUAUUCUUCCUAUCUCAAUUUCGCCUUUUCUUUCUUUCUUUUUUUCUUUUUAAACCAAGUCAUGGGUGCUCAUUGGAAGCGUGAAAAGGUACAGGACCACAAGUUCGACUUUAUCAAUGUGGAGGACUUUGUGGACAACUCGUGCUGGCGUCAGUUCCAAUACAUGCUCGUUUUUGCGGCCAUCAUGCGAGGUAUCCUCGUGUACUGUUCUGAUAUCUUUACAGCCGCAAACUUGCUCACAAACUCGAACCCAAACUCUUUUUUCGGCAAAGAUGGAGAGCUUGGGUUGAUUGAGGGCUUUACAUUACCCUACGAUGCGUACAAGUAUCUGUUCACAGCCUGCAUUGUGCUGUCUUUCUUGUUGCUGGCACUAGAGAUCCGGAGAGCUCGGGCAAUUAUUUAUUCACGGGAUAUCUCCUAUGCUUUCACGUCUCAGAUUGCGAGCCGAUAUUACACAGUUCGCUCGUACCCACAUUAUUGUCUCUUUGCACAGAUUAAUAAUUCGAAAAAGACUGUAGACGAAGUUGCUUUCUUUUGCUUCUUCACCUUCCGAAACUGGAAACGUCUUAUUUUGGCAGAUGCGCCACGUCAGCUGAUCAACGCGUCUAUUCUGUAUCAAAUCUUUCAAAACCAUGCAAAAUCUUUUGAAGAUUUCUUCGACUGGAGCCACAUGGGUAAAAAUGACGAUGCAACCACUUUCAAAAAGCAUAUCCGCGGCAACCUCAAAGAAUUUUGUUGCCAUAAGAUCGAUAAACGCAUUGACGAAUUGAUUCAGAAGAAUACAAAAAACAGAGCCAUGAAUGCUCAGACGAAGAACGGAAAGAACAGCAAGGAUAUUGCCAUGGACAAUCUGCAGCAGCCAACUCUUCCUCAACUAGAUCUACUGGAACCUCCUCCACCACCUUCUGCAACAACACCCAAGAACGUAUAUACUAUGCCACGUAGUGGCACCAUUAACUAUAGUAGUAGCAAUAGUCCCCAUCAGCAACAGCGGCAUCAAGAGUAUGGAUAUAACGCUCAGUAUGAUAAUGGCUAUAGUAACAUCAACGUGAGUCCACAGCAGCCGGGAUAUACCGCCAACUACACAUCUGAGGACUAUUUCCAGGCCAAGCCCCCUACCAGAGCCACGACCUUUGACCCGUACGCAGAGUCUGCAUUCACAAGUGAAGCUUUUUAUGAUGCAUACAGUAACAAGCAGGAUGAACAAAAACUACAGCAAAAGUCUGGCCGUGACAAUUACAACAGCAAGGGCAACAGUAAUAUUAAUGGUUAUUCACGAAUAAGGCAUCAUGAUGACUAUAAUAUGCAUCAUCGAGCUGCAUCACCACCAUCUCAACACGGCUCAGACCUGGAUAGCAGCCAUAACAGUAAUAGCGGGCAUAUCUAUGUUAAUAAUGGUAAUGGCAACUACCAUGGAAACAAUGGCUACAACAGUAACAGCAAUAAUGGCUACAACAGUAACAGCAAUAAUGGCUACAAUGGCAGUCGUCAACAAGCUUAUGGAAGUGAUUAUUAUACAGCAAAUGGCCAGAAUGCGUCCAAUACCAUGUAUUCGUCUCAAAUGUCGCCACAAUCUCCUCAACGUCCCCGGCGACAAGACACGGCGCUUUCACGUAACCGAAGCAAUGGAGGAUACUAACCAGUCUAAAGCAGCUUGCUGCGUGUUCUUUUCUACUCGAGAUUAUAUUUACUUUCUAUCUUAAUAUGACUACUUAUAGCACUAAUAAUGAACAUACAAUUGCUACAAUCUGUACUUUAUACUGUUGUGCUCUGUGGGCUGCCAUGAUUGACCAGCUCAAAGAUGGAAUCAAUGAAAGAAAAGGGGGAUGUGUUCUUGACUAAAAAAAAAACGUGGCUAUCUCUGACUGGGCGCCCAUACACAUACAUGUAUCUCCAAUUUGAAAAACCUUUACAAAUACCAAAUAUUUGUUCAAGACUCUUUUUUUUCCCUCUUUAAUGAGUAUGGAUAAUUUACCAGGCUUCCUUG